AUGGUGGUAGGGAAGAUAAUUGUAUGUCAACCGUUAGACACCUCAUCAAGUCCCUUGAGUUCCGAGGUUCAAUUACCGCACCCUAAAGCCUGGCCCAACCAGAUUCAUUUCUGCACAGGGCCUACCCAGUUAGAAUUCACGGCAGGUAUAGUUUUCGAGGUCUCGGUGAUCAGCGAGGCCUGGGAUAAACCAGGGUCUAAGCUGCAUCGACUAUCGUGCAUUCCAGGGCGACUACCUCGUCUUUUCCCCACUCUAACUACUCGAAUUAACGACUUGUUUGUUCUGGCUUACUUUGUACUAUUCAGCUGUGCUUACAUGUUGCCAGUCACAGCUAUGAUACAUUGGCGUCACCAACAACACAAUUUGCUAGCUAAUCAACUUUCACCCGAAUCUGAAUUUGGCCAAGGAUUCUCUCUCACGCAGUUUUUGGCAUUCUCAGACCCUCUACUUGUGGAUCCACGACCUGCUCCAUCAGAUGAACGAGUAGUUCCUAAAAAGAUUUUAGAGCGGCCCGCAAACUAUGACUAUCUAUACGCAGAUAAUCAUGCUCGCAUUGCUCUUCGAGACUUAGCCCCAGCUUCUAAGACGCCAUCUGUCCCACAAUCUGCACAAGCUACUCCAUCGACAACUUUACCAGGAAUCAUCACCACAGGUUCAACACCCAGUACAGCCGCAUGGCCAUUUCCAAGUGCAUUCGAUGUAGGCUUCAAUAAUAACAUUACGGCGGCAUGCCAAUCUUUUAUGCAUGAGAUGUUGGAAGGUUCGACAUUUAAGGAAUGUUUACCAAUCUCUAUGCUGUUGGAGAACUCUAACUCGUUUUUCCAGACUUCAAAACAUUUACCUCGCAUCACAUCUCUACUGAAAGCUUCUUGCAGCGCACCAGUCACAUCAUGUUCCCAACGUUUCGAUACUUAUGCUAUGAACUUAACCAGCGCUUGCUCUACAGAUCUCGCUCAUCUAAACCCACAGAUUCAAUCGGGACUUCUGGGCCUAAAAUCCUACCAGACCUUGUAUACAGCCUCAUGCCAGCUCACAACAGAUUCUCUCCCGUCGAAUGAUAACACAACUUCUACUUCUCGAAUACCAGCGUCAUUAAAGUCAUCGGCAUCUUCAUUCUGUUUCGCCAACGCCAUUACUAAUACCACUAACCCUACGGACUCAUACAUUUAUUAUCUGCCACUCAAUGUCAGUUUAGUUGGAAGCGCUGUACCCACGUGCAACUCAUGCUUACAGUCCACUAUGGCUGUGUUUCAGAAAGCCACAGCAAAUCGAUCCAAUGUUCUCGUGGGUAACUACGUCAAAGCUGCGAGUCAAAUCAACGUGGUUUGCGGCCCAGAGUUCGUUAAUGCCAGUCUAGCGUCCGCCAUAAGUAGUGCUGACAAGACAGCGAUUGAUGGUGGUCGAAUCAUAGCCCUGUGUUGGAUAUGGCUGUUAAUUGCCGGGCUUGGAUGGCUUGUAUGA